GCCUUCGGUGCGCACUCGGGCAUGGCGUCGCCUUCGUACCUCGGAGACUUGCCUGCGAACGACCACGUCGCGGUCCUCGAUACGCCGACGUCGGCGCCGCCGCAGCGGAAGCGGAAAUGGCUCGUCUUUGGUGUGCUCGGCCUCGUGGUUGUCGGUGGUGCGAUUGCAACGACCUUUGCUGUGCUCUACUCCAAGUCGCCGUCGUCGUCACCACCGGCGACGGCGUCGGACGCUGCGAUCGGCGCGACGAACGACACGACCUUGCCGAGUGUCGACGGUGAGGACUUGCGCAAGACGCCGGCGGUGACCACCGUCGACGUCAACCCCAAGAGCGACCCGGAGAAGGCGACCAUGGCCUUUACGAUGCUCGCGAUUGGCGACUGGGGCAGCACGACGGGCAAGGUCAGCGGCUCCAACGAGAACGCCGGCAGCUGCUGCGUCUUGUACAGCGACCGCGUCAACCCGAGCGAAGACCGGUUCAAAGUGGACUUUUGGUCCCAGAAGCACGUGGCCAUGCUGCUCGGCAAGUCGGCGAACGAGCUCAAGCCCGUUCGGAUCCUUGGCCAUGGUGACAACAUGUACUGGAACGGCGUCGGCUCCAAGGACGUGACGUACCGGUUCACCGAGACCUUUGAAAACGUCUACAACCAGCCGUCGCUCAAGGGCGUCAAGUGGCUCAAUGUCGCGGGCAACCACGACAUUGGCGGCUCGAGCUUUGUCUGCGGCGACAAGGACAACGAGUUUCGCGAGUGCACGAGCACGGCCGAGCUCUUGGCGUCGCUCGACGAGCGCUUCUCGCUGCAGCAAAAAUACGUGAGCCCCGACCAGCAACGCUGGGUUCUCAAGGACCACUACUACGUCGAGUCGUUCGAGAAGGACGGCGUCUCGGUCGACAUCUUCAACAUUGACACCAACCACGCCGACAGCCACGGCGCGCGCCAAGUGUGCUGCCAGUGCUUCGGCUACUCGAUGAAGCUCAAGCUGCCGAGCAAGACGUGCGAUAGCGUGCUGCCUGGCGAUGCGCGCUGCGCGGGCGGCAACGCCGACAUGUACAAGGCGUGCAUGGACAAGAUCGAGGCGUGGGCGCAGGACUCGUACACGCAGGCGGCGCGGGACCUCAAGGCGUCGACCGCCACCUUCAAGAUCAUCAACACGCACUACUCGCCGCACUACCACAUGGGCGAGCCCAAGAUGAAGGCGUGGUACAAGCUCUGCAAGGACUACGGCGUCAACGCGUGGUUCAACGGCCACACGCACGGCUUCAACCACGACAUUGCAAACUGGGGCACGCACUUUUUUGAAAACGGCGGCGGCGGCGGCAUCUACACCAAGUCGGCCAACGGCGCGACGACCGACUACGUCAAGAGUCAAUGGAUGGCCGGUGGCUUCCCGUACGGCUUUAUGGAGCUCAGCUUCUCGGCCGACUGGCUCAAGGUCCAGUUUGCAACGUUUGACCAAGCGUGGCAGUUUGGCGGUAACGCACUCGAAAGCACGACGCAAGGCGGUGUCCGGCGCGGCCACUGCUGGUUCGUUCCGCACGCCAAGGCAGCGGCGCUCGGUGCGACCGGAGUCGAAUGCAAGUCCUCGGUCAACGGCGCGAUCGGUGCACCGCUCACCUAAGACGACGUUAUCGUAUUUUAUGCUUGGU